UCUUCCUCAGCAUCGCAUCCUUGGUGUACUACCCUGUGUUUCUUCCCGGAGAAGAACCCUUAACGGCCACCUCCGGUAAUGAACCUCAUGAGCGGUUGAUACUUCCGCAAGCAAUCGUCCUGGAAGACCAUCCCACCACCACCCCCUUCCCUACAUAAACGUACCACCUAUCUCCCUCUCUGAGACACUCGCAUAUUGCUCACAAAUGGCUCCGAGUGGUGUGGUUUUCUAUCUUCUCCUCUCUAUCACACUUGCAUGGAUAAGACUGUGCUAUCCUUCUCAGGUCCAUGUUUAUAUGGGCAGCAAGGGGAGUCAGAGUUCCGACGACGUUUUGAAGCAGAAUCACCAAAUUCUCACUGCAGUUCACGGAGGAAGAACGGAGGAAGCGUAAGCAUCACAUGUUUAUAGUUAUAUCAAUGGAUUUAGAGGGUUUGUUGCAAAACUUAGUAAAGAACAGGCUUCACAAAUGGCUGGUGAUUUUUCUCGUUGAUGAUGCCCAGUGGAUGUACAUUCUUCUCAAAACUUACUCCUUUGGUUAAUCUGGAAUUGGUUUCUUGGUGAUACGGAGAUGCCUGGCGUGGUAUCGGUGUUCCCGAACCUGAAGAGAAGCUUGCAUACAACUCACUCGUGGGAUUUCAUUGGCCUCGGAACCAACGAGGAGAUGGAGAUUCCAGGAUUUUCUACCAAGAACCAAGAGAAUGUCAUCAUCGGAUUCAUUGAUACAGUCUCCUAGUUUCAGUGACGUCGGGAUGCCGGAAGUUGCUUCAAGAUGGAAAGGACAAUGCCAAGUUGGAGAAUCCUUUACACAGUCUUCCUGCAACAAGAAAGUAAUUGGAGCAAGAUACUAUCUAAGUGGAUAUGAAGCAGAAGAAAGAAGCCACGGUGACUACAUGAAUGCAGAUAAGGCUGCCAAUUUCAAGUCUCCAAGGGACAGUUCAGGCCACGGUAGCCACACGGCCUCCAUUGCUGCUGGCCGGUAUGUGAGUGACAUGAACUAUAAUGGUCUGGGGGCUGGAGGAGCUCGUGGAGGCGCUCCAAUGUCGAGGAUUUCAGUCUAUAAGACAUGUUGGGACUCGGGCUGCUAUGAUGCCGACUUACUAGCAGCCUUCGAUGACGCAAUUAGAGAUGGAGUGGACAUAUUAUCUGUGUCUUUAGGCCCCAAUUAUCCUGAAGCAGAUUACUUCAACGAUGCAAUCUCGAUAGGCUCAAUCCACGCUACCAGCCACGGUAUUCUGGUUGUUUCAUCUGCUGGCAAUGUCGGAAGUCGAGGCUCUGCAACUAAUCUUGCACCGUGGAUGCUCACAGUGGGUGCCAGCUCAACAGACAGAGAAUACACCUCAUCGAUUGUGCUAGGAAACGGGAGGGAAUUGAUGGGUGAAAGCUUGAGUUCUUUUAAGAUGAACAAAUCAGCCAGGAUCAUCUCGGCCUCUGAAGUCAAUGGAGGUUACUUCACUCCUUAUCAGUCAAGCUUCUGCCUGGAUAGCUCCUUGAACAGAACAAAGGCCAGAGGGAAAAUUCUGAUCUGUCGCCAUUCUGGUAGUGCAGCGGAGCCCAGGUUAGAGAAAAGCCUGGUGGUCCAGAAAGCUGGGGGCCUCGGGAUGGUCAUGAUAGAUGAAGCGGAGAAUGAUGUGGCCAUACCAUUUGCUAUUCCUGCAGCCACUGUUAGAAAAGAAAUCGGCAAUAAGAUCUUCUCAUACGUUAACCACACCAGGUUGGGUGCAGCUUCCACCAAAAAGGGUUUUGGAUUUCAUAGCUGAAUCUUAUAUGCCAUCACAAUCUGUUAAUGCUUGCUUAAAAGGAAACCAAGCACGCUUAUUUUGCCGGUGGAAACUGUGUUGGGAUCGAGGCCGGCCCCUCGAGUAGCAGCAUUCUCCUCCAAAGGUCCCAAUUCACUGACAGCAGAGGUUUUGAAGGUUGGUAGCUGUGUGUUUCGACUCAAAAAUGUUAUAGAACCUGAGAAACAAAUAUAUAUAUAUAUAUAUUGUGUGUGUGUGCGUCUCUUAUCUGUUGUAGACAUUAUAGUCCAUUUCGUUUACUUU